AUGGGUGGUGGAGACGACCCAGCCCGCACGGUAGAGAUAAUACAGGAUGAGAUGAAGGGCGAGCUCGAGAUCAUCAUGGACGACACGAUGACCGAAAAGGCUCGUGCAGAUGCGAAUAUCAAGUAUGAAAAGCUUAUGAAUGAACUGGACAAGCACCCAAACUACAAGCAGAUGCUCAUGAAGCAGGCCGAUGAAUUGGAG